AGGAGAGACCAAGAGCAGCAAAGUGGCUCCACAGUCGCGUCUGGUCCCUUGCAAGUGUCACACACGGGUCGUCAAUAGAGCACGUUAUAUUAUUAUUAUUAUCGUUUCCGCGAAUAUUAAUUCUCACCAGUUCACUGACUAUGAAGUGUACCUCGGCCAUGUGUUGUCUGUACGCGAUCGUUGCCGCAGCGCUGCUCAUCGCCGCCGUGCCGCUCUGUUGCCGCGCGGAGGAAGGCGUGAGCGACACUCUGAUGAARAUGUUCCGCAUAGAGACGAUGGGAAAUCGCACCGCCGACGUCCAGAUACCCAGCUACAUGUACGAGUUGUACGAAGACACGGGAAAUAGGCGAUACGACGUCAUAAGGAGCAUCACGCCGACGACGGAAUCGCUGGGUGCGUACAGUCAGUUUGUAUAUGACCUGAGAACACUUGAACCUUCUGAAAUAGUUCAAAAAGCAGUCCUUCAGCUUGAACCUAACACAAAUCAUCAAUUUAGCAAGGCUAUAAACGUAUCAUUUUUUGCUUUGCCUAAACAAACCGUAUCGAAAACGUAUUUAGGGUCAGGAACAAUACAUGGCACUUUAGAUUUAGCCAACACUUUGGGUCCACAACCAUUAAAUGGCUUUGACGAACUAGUCGUCCAGAUGGAAGGGACGGCAAAAUUGUCUAUUGGACUAGUGUUAUAUUCGAUAACCGCUGGUGGUAGAUAUGCAAAAGGCAAUGAAUUGGCAAACUUGCUGUUUGAAACAACAGUUAAAAGACGUAAGAGGUCAGUGGCUGAUAAUGAAAUCGAUGUUAAGCGAAAUCAUUUCACUAAUGAGCCAAAACGAAAGAAGAAAAAGCAAAAAGUUUCACGAGUCAAUAAGUUACAGGCCGUGGACACGGGUGACACGAUCACGUUUACCGGCUCGGACCAGUGCCGGAUGGAGAAAUUGGUGCUCAACUUUGCGGACAUCGGCUGGGAAGACUGGGUGAUCUACCCGAAGGGGUUUGAGACCAAUUACUGCGCGGGUGGUUGCCUGUUCCCGCUGGGCAAGGGGUCCAAGCCCACCAACCACGCGACCGUGCAGAGCCUGGCCAGGUCGUUCGGUCGGCUGUGGGACGUUCCGGAGCCUUCGUGCGUGCCYGACACACUCGCCCCGCUCACACUCCUCUACAUGGACCGGUCCAACCACGUGCUGCUCAAGAGCUACCCCGACAUGAGGGUGGUCACGUGUUCGUGCAAGUGACGAGGUCCUGUACCGCGACCAUGGUUGUGACGUCACGUCGGAUGACGUUACGCACCGUGGAAACAGUGGUACACAUAACAUGACGUACCUAUAUUAUAAUACCUACCUAUGUAAUUUAUUGUUCAGUCGGAUYGGCGUGUCCUGAUGAUCUUCGUGGACACAUCCAAAUGUAUUCCCAAAAUGCAAUCGUAUCAGACAAUCCGGAUACACCGUGUACCUUUUAUUUUAGAAACAUUAGAAACCGCGGUGGUGAUCAUUGAUUGUUGGCGUUAAUGUCACUGAAAUUACUUUAAGAGUCGAUUUUUGUAAAUUGGAAAGACUAUAUUUAUUAUGAUAUUAUGUAAAUAGUUUUAAGUGUGCACAGUACAACAUUAACAAUUAAAAAUUUUAAAAAAAGUUAUAAUUAUACUGUAAAUGUCAAGAUUUCCCUGUGAAUAAAUCCCUUGUUAUAAAAUAUACUUAAAGUCGUAUAAAUUCAUAUUCAUAUUUUCUUCGUACUCACGAAAAAUCGACCUGGAUCAUUAUAUUAGCGUAGACGACGUUAAAUGGAUCACUCCGUACAUUACGUAUACAUACUUUAUUGUAUUUUUAAAAUAUAAUUACWCGUUUGUAUUGUUACUUAAGUAUUUCGUUUACCCGUGUCAUGCAUAGUACAUCGAAUUAACAAUAAAACUAUUACGGUCAGUGACAAAAGGAAAAAUUCAGUGUUACCAAACCAUAUGGUGUUUUUAUAGCUUUAGUUAGUGCAUAUUAUAGGUAUAUCAUUAUUCUUGCGCAAUAUUUAUAAACCGUUAUGUUAUUUAUUGAAAAAUUGUAAUGUUAAAUUAUUAUACUAUUAUAAUAAUAUUGUUAUUGUCCGUGAUAACAGAUAAAAGCUUAAUGAAAUUAAUUAUGAUAAUAACGAUGGCAUAAUAUUAACAUUCCGUGACGUCACAUACAUAAUUAAUAAAUUAAUCAUAAAUCAUAUAACUAUAUAAUAUACUUACAGUUGAUCCAAAUCGCUCAUCUUGAUAUCAGUUACAGAAUUAGACGCGUGACAUCGGAAAAAUCAAUAAAUUUGUUUAUGAUUUUUAAUAUUUUACAUACUGAGUGUUUAAUGUUCACAUCGAUGAAAUAUGUUUAUCAUUAUAAUAUUAUUAUUUUGUUUAUAAAUUAUUUAUUUUGGAUUAAAUAUUAUGAAUGUGACGAAGCAAUAUGUUUGAUAACGAUAU